AUCUCAUGAUUUCAGAUGCAAAGCAUUACACAUCCCGCCUCCCCACACCCGCCCUUCCUGCACACUUCCGCACGGAACACGGGAAUUCUACACAGUGCUCACUGGGAACCGAACGGUCAGCGCCGACAUCACAGACUCCGGCUGACCAAGCCUCCUGGGGGGCGGAGGCAACCUGCCAAGCCCCGCCCCUGCGUGCCCCGCCCACUGUUCCUUCCCCUAGCCUGUCCAGUCUGGAAGCUGCUAGAGGAGCCUCUCUCAGGACCCCGCCGGCCUCAGCGCUCGGAGCUGCGCCAUGCUUGCCUUCCGAAGCGGCCUGACCUGGGCGCUGGCCCCACGGGCGCGCGCGCCUCAGGGCCCAGACAAAAGGAUGGAACACUCUAUGAAUUUUGUACCUAUUAUCUUAAACCCUCAAAAAUGAUUGAGUUCCUGGAAAAUUUUAAGAAAAAUGUUCAUCUUCAGACAGCUCACUCUGAAUUGGUUGGAUAUUGGAGCGUAGAAUUUGGAGGCAGAAUGAAUAAAGUAUUUCAUAUUUGGAAAUACGAUAAUUUUGCUCAUCGAACUGCAGUCCGGAAAGCACUGGCCAAAGAUAAGGAAUGGCAAGAACAGUUCCUCAUUCCAAAUUUGGUUCUCAUUGAUAAACAAGAGAGUGAGAUUACUUAUCUGGUCCCAUGGUGCAAAAUAGAAAGGCCUGCGAAAGAAGGUGUCUAUGAACUGGCUACUUUUCAGAUGAAACCUGGUGGUCCAGCUUUGUGGGGUGAUGUAUUUAAAAAAGCAGUUCAUACCCAUGUCAAUCGAGGCUACACAAAACUAGUUGGUGUUUUCCACACAGAAUAUGGAGCACUCAACAGAGUUCAUGUUCUUUGGUGGCAUGAGAGUGCUGACAGUCGUGCAGCUGGCAGACAUGAAUCUCAUGAGGAUCCCAGAGUUGUGGCAGCUGUUCGGGAAAGUGUCAACUACCUGGAAUCUCAGCAGAAUAUACUUCUGAUUCCUACAUCAUUUUCACCAUUGAAGUAGUUUGGUACUGAAAAUAUCAAGUAUUUCAUUAACUGGUAUUAUAAGAUGUGUCUUCCAAUGGUGCUUAAAUUCUCCCAAGAGAAUUAUUCUUUUUUCUUUGAAGAAGGUGGUAAGUUCUUCACAUUUUUUAAAGCCACGCCUAUCAUUUGUCACCCUUAUUUCAGUUCAUUUGCCCCUUGGUAUUUCAGUACUGUCAUAUGUUGAAAAUAUCUAUCAAUUGGAAAAUAAUUUUAUUAGGUCCUAAUAUGAAAAAUCUUUGAAGACUCUGGUUUACAUGUAGAGAAAUGUCUUCAUUUAUAAUUAUUACUUCAUUUUGCAUCUUAUUUUAUAAAGGUACUUGUCACUGUAUUAAGUUCUUGAUUUUUCAUUUGUUUCAGAAUAUCUCUUCUGUAUUUUAAUAAACUUUUAUUCAAAUGAUAAGGUCACAUUUUCUUGCUUGUGACCAUAUAUUUAAAUUACUAAUAUACAUUAUCAAUCUUUACAUCAUAUCUGUUUUCCUAAGGUUAUUUUUUUUAAUUUUUUUUGCCCUGUAAAGUAUAUUUUAUAGUAUCAAAUGGAAUUCAUGAAAACAUUAGACAUAUCUCUUUGCUAUAUAAAAAUAUAUUAUCAUUUAUAUUUUAAAUUAUAGUUUUCUCAUUAAUUGGAAAAUAAUGUUACUAGGUCCCAGUACUAUAAAUCUUUGAAGACUUUGGUUUAUAUGCUGAAAUAUCUUCAUUUAUAACUAAUUGUAUUAAUAUUUCCUUCAUUUUGGAUUCUUGGUUUAAUGAUACCUUUAUGGAUAUGGAAAUCUCUCCUAAUAAAAGCCUACCUGUACAUUCUAA